UCUUUGAUCCAGCACAAAAUGAGCUUUUUUGACAAGAAGGAUAUUGAUGGUGUAUUAUAUGAACUGCUCAGAUCUCCAUGGCUGCAGGCUCUCCUAAAGGUAUAUGAAUGCCUUCAUCAGUAUAUAAAGAGAAGGCCAGUUUCAUUCAUAUCCCAGGCACAAGAAUUGAUGCAUGAGGUAGUGGAGUUGCUGCAUAGAGGUCAACAAUCUCCAGAAAUUAAAGAACUAAGACAACUUCUACAAGGUCCUCACUUCAAGGCAUUGUUAUUAGCUCAUGAUACUGUGGCCCAGAAGGAUUUUGAACCUAUGCUUCCACCUCUGACAGAAAACCUCCCUGAAAAUGAAGAGGCCAUGAGGAUUGUCUGUCUGGUGAAAAACAAUCAACCUCUUGGUGCCACAAUUAAACGCCAUGAGCUGACAGGUGAUAUUACAGUAGCAAGAGUAAUCCAUGGAGGUCUGGCAGAUAAAAGUGGGUUGUUAUAUGCUGGAGACAAACUUGUAGAAGUGAAUGGAAUCCCAGUGGAGGGCCUGGAACCAGAGCAAGUCAUACACAUUCUGGCUCUAUCACAAAGUACCAUCAUGUUCAAGCUGAUUCCAGGUUCUGAUCGAAUCAUCAGCAAUCAAACAACACUCUAUGUGCGUGCAAUGUGGGAUUACUGCCCUCGUCAGGACCCACUCAUUCCAUGUGCUGAUGCAGGACUGCCAUUUAAAAAAGGAGAGAUUCUUCAGAUUGUAGACCAAAAGGACAUUCUGUGGUGGCAGGCAAGGAAAGUCUCCAACCUCAAAGUUUGUGCUGGACUCAUCCCUUCCAAUCAUCUUAUGAAGAGGAAACAGCGAGAAUUCUGGUGGACUCAUCCCUUCCAUCCCCUUUCUUGCCUCAAAUCAACCAUCUUGAAUAUUGCGGAAGAAGAAGAUGACAUGCAGAUUGAUGAGAAGUGUGUAGAAACAGAUGAGGAGACUUUUGAGUCUGAGGAACUUAAAGAAGGUAAAGAAGAAUUCAUUGGAUCUGGUCAGCCAGUGUUCAUUACUGGGUUCCGAAGAAGUAUGCGUCUGUGCCGUAGGAAAUGCAACUACAGACACCUGGCAUGUCACACACAUUGUCUCAACAGUUGCUACUGUGCUGCGGCAGUACCUUAUGAAGAGGUGGUGAGAUAUCAAAGGCAACCAGGUGAUCGAAACAGAUUAAUUGUACUAAUAGGUCCUUCAGGUGUUGGAGUGAAUGAACUACGGAGACAACUUAUUGGUAUAAAUCCUCACUUGUUUCGAAAUGCAGUGCCACAUACAACCCGUGCUCAAAAGAGCUAUGAAGAGAAUGGUCGAGAAUAUCAUUAUGUACCAAAGGAAACAUUUGAAAAUAUGGUGUAUAAUUACAGAAUGUUGGAGUAUGGAGAGUACAAGGGACACCUCUAUGGGACAAGUAUUGAUGCAGUACAUGCGGUGCUUGAUGAAGGGAAGAUCUGCAUAAUGGAUUUAGAGCCUUACAGUAUUCAGUUUGUUCGUACUCAUGACCUGAAACCCUACAUGAUAUUUAUUAAACCACCAAGUGUGAGCUGCAUGAAGCAGACUCGGAAAAAUGCUAGGAUAAUCACUGACUAUUAUGUGAACAUGAAAUUUAAGGAAGAAGAUCUGCAGGAAAUGGAAGAGUCAGCUAAAAAAAUGGAAACUCAGUUUGGACAAUUCUUUGAUCAAUUGAUUGUGAAUGACAAUUUACAGGAAGCUUGUCUGCAGCUAGUCUCUGCGGUGCACCAAGCCCAGAAUGAGCCACAGUGGGUUCCAGCCACAUGGAUAUGCUCAGGCUCCCAGGACUAG